AUGAUUAGGAGAGGAUUAAUGAGUCCUAAAAAUAUUUUGAUACUGAGCUUCGUACUUUCUCUUCUUGGAUUUUUAUGGUUUACAAAUCAAUGCCUUCAAGGUACGUGAUCUGUUAUUAAUAGCUUCUGUUGGUAAGUAGGCCGUCGGCCCAGCCUUUCUUUAACCCUUUCAACCCAAAUAUCAGUUUGCAUAUUCUCCAUACUAUUUUCUAUACAUUUCCGUAGGUGCUGACUAGGAGAAUUUGUUUAACAAUCAAGGGCUCCUUUGGCUGUUGAUAAUUUUCUUUAUCAUGACCUUAAUGCGUGAUACAGGGAUGAUAUUGUAAGGAGAAAUUAGAUGCUAGUCACCCUUAAGGGGUUAAAGGGUUAAGUCUUAUUUGGUACUUGCUUGACACACUCCUUGAUGGAGAGACGAACUGUGAGAGUAAGGUGGGCUGCCCAAAGACAGGGUACAAUGACCCAGUCAGGGCUCAAUCGUAGACCUUAAAUGGAAAGUCCUGUUUCAAAACAAUAGGCCAGUGUCUCUUCCUCCAACUCUCCCUUAGUUAUGUUCCUCAGAAAAGUCUUUGAACAUCUAACAUGUUGAUUCUGGGGGUAAUGAAUGGUCACUUGAAACAUUCUGGGUUGCAGAAUAUUCAUCAGAUCUUAAAAUCUUGUAAGCCUUUGUGAUAGCUGCUGAUGUCUCACAAUUCUUUCAAAUUUCUCCAAGCUCAUGGCAAUCCACCAAAUAGUGAUUUAUCUAGCAAACAGUGUUGUGCACCCUUGGAACAACUAGGGCCAGAAUUUGUUCCUGUAGCUUAGGGUCUUAGUCUAAGGCAACCAGAGAAGCUUAGGGUUUUUGAUUUGAGGGACAAAAGUCUGUUUGAUCACCCAUCCCCUAGUCAUCAAACCAGUCACUUUGUUAGGUUUAAUUUUGAACCAAUCAAUACUGCUCAUGAUUGGUACAUUUUAGUUUAUUUAUUUUUCUAACCGUUGUUGUUUUUUUUAACAAUGUUUCUUCUAGACUCUGGUAGGUCAAGGGAUGAUGUGGUAAGGAUAAGCCAAAUGCUUAAAAAACUGGAAAAGAGAGAGCUCUUAUUACAAGAAAGAGAAGAAAAGAUCAUUAAGAAACUUAAGAUCCUAGGAAUAAGAAAAAUCAACAGUCUGUUUGAAGAAGGCUUUGAUGAAAUGCCAACUAUUUAUUUUAUAACUCCUACCUAUAAAAGACAUACACAAAAGGCUGACCUAACAAGACUGUCGCAAACACUGUUACAUGUCCCUAAACUUCACUGGAUAGUAGUAGAAGAUUCUGACAAGAAAACAGAUCUUGUUUCACAUUUCUUGGAAUCCUGUGGUGUUAGUUACACACAUUUUGCAGUCAGAACUCCAAAGCAGCUCAUAACUAAAGAAGGAGACCCAAGGUGGUUAAAAGCCAGAGGUGUAGAACAGAGGAAUUUGGGCCUUAGAUGGAUAAGACAAAAUUUAAAGGAUGAUAUGAAAGGUGUUGUAUAUUUUGGAGAUGAUGAUAACACUUACGAUUUGAGAAUAUUUGAACAGGUAAGGUACAUCUCAAAUUAAAUUUAGUCAAUCAUGAACUCUUGGGUGUUUAGUUUGUAUAUAUGUAAAUGGUAUCACCCCUUUCUUUGGUGGUGCUGCCACAAAUGUGCAAGUUGUAAGUAGGGUCAUUAGAAGCUGAAUCAUGACUAAUUGGAGAUCUCUGCAGGUGGAUUAGUCACUGCAAGUCAGAGGACCCCUAGUUAAGUAGAUCAACUUGAAUAUAGAAUUAGUUACCUGUAGAGAUCCAAACUAUAUCUUUCUUUCAUUCUACCGGUAACUUGUAAUUCCUUUUAAAAGAAAUUAAAGAGCAUUUCAAGAAUUGUGACUUUUAUUAUAAUGAAUUUAUAUACUUUCACAAAUUUUAACUUUUAGUGUACUCUUUUUUGGUGAGAUUUUUAGUGACCAUUGAAUGUGGUUUGACAGUUCUGUUUUAAAUUUUUUAACCACUUCUAGAUGCGAUACACAAAGAAAAUAUCAGUUUGGCCUGUAGGCUUAGUGGGUGGUUUAAAAUGGGAAGGACCAAUUUGCAAAGAUGGAUCUGUUGUCAGAUUUUACACAAUGUGGGAGCCAGGACGCCCAAUGCCUGUCGACAUGGCAGGGUUUGCUAUAAAUGUCAAACUGAUUAUGGAUAAUCCUGAAGUGGAAAUGGACCCGAUGGCCAAGAGGGGCUAUUUGGAGUCUUCUGUUGUUGGCAGAUUGGCAGCAAGGGAAGAUUUUGAGCCAUUGGCUAAUGAUUGUAAACAGGUACACCAACUUUGUUGGGUUAGACAAAGCUUCAGAACUGGUACAGUGUGCAGGUGUAAAUUAUCAUCAAGUUAGACAACAUAUAAUUUUUCAUGGAUGUGUAUCAACUGCAUUGAUCUUUUACAAAUGAAUAUCAAUUUUUUUUGAUGGACUGGACAUCGAUUGGUUCAGAUGUAUGUGAGCAAUUUUCCUCUGCUCUCACAAGACCACAAAUGUCACUCCCACUAUCCCUGAUUCCUAGCCUGAAUUGCCAGUGUUCAAAGGUGGAGGGGGGGAGGAGGUAGAUUAUUUGAGCAUGAAGGGCAAUAUAUGAAUUAGCACCCAGACCCCAAGCUGGCACUCACAUCAAUCACCUAACCCCUUGUUGGUAUGUGGACCACUCAGGCUACCUGGUUUCCCUCUUUCCCACUUGCACUAAGUUACCAUUCCACCUCUUGCUUCCCUUUUUUAACCCCUCCCAUUACUACUCCUACCCUCAUCCCUUGCAAGCACCACCUUCCUUUUGGCUUUUGGUAACGCAACUCUCUUGAACAACUAAGAGUUCAAAAUUAGCAGCUAUUAAAACAAGCGGAAUGUGGUUGAGAUUCCGUAGAAGAAUGUGGGUGACUGACACUGGACAAAGCUGAAAAGGAUCUCAAUUGAAUGAUCUUGCUCUUUGACACGUUGAUCACAACUACAAAAUUUGUAAACGUUUUCCUUUCGGUAUAACUCUACCUUUAUUUGUUUGUUUGAAAAGGAACGUUAAAGAGAGUUAGCUUAAUGCGUUUGUGACAGAUCCUCCCCUCUUUUAGUCUUUGCACGUGCACACAUGUCAAGUUUUAAUUGAUUUCUUUGGCCCUUAGGAAAUGCUUUAUGUGCAAUCACUUGCAGAGGAUUAUUUGUUCAAUACAGUUUUUUUUGUUAACAGAUACUUGUGUGGCACACGCAAACAGCUGAGCCGAAAAUGAAACAAGAAGAUAAAUUGAAAAGAAUGGGACGUGAGUCUGAUCCAUCCAUGGAAGUCUAA